AAGUAUCUGGUUUCCAGUCUCUCCUUUGGAUGACUGGCUGUCUGGAGACGAAGAGCUUUUAACAUGAAGAAAAUGCAUAGCCAACACUGUAUCUGAAGCAAUACAGUUUUAAAACUGACGUUUGUGGAACUGCGUUGAGUUUUAACCGAUUGCAUAAUAGUUGGUCAGACUUUUGCCAUUAUUUCUACUUUUCUAGUUGCAUUACAGGAUCGAACUGUAUCUGGAAGCAGUCUUUGGCGGAUUUUCAUCACAUCUUUUCUUCAAUCGUAUGUGUUUUACGCAUAUGGAUACUUUUCCGGAGCGCAGACGGUAGAUUAUGCAUUCCACAGGAUGGGUGCGAACAAUGGGAAACAGAGCGGGAGUGAAGGGAAAGGCAGUUCCAGUAUUUCCUCCGACCUGAGUUCAAGUACAGAUCAGACAUCAACCAAAGCUCCAAAGAAUGCAGCUACCAGUGAAGACUCGGACCUUAGCAUGCGAACAGUGAGUACGCCAAGUCCGGCUCUGAUUUUGCCACCUCGUUCAUCUCCAGGCGUGCUUAAUGGCUCCUCCACGUCUUCCUCCACGUUCGGCACGGAAACCAUUGCCAUGGUCCACACGCCGCCCACUUCCCUCACCCAUCCGCAAAGGAGUCUGCGACAGCCGAGGGACCAGCAGGCGGCGCCCAUCGACUUCCUUCCUGACCAUGCUUUCCUGCAGAUCUUCACCCAUUUGCCCACCAACCAGCUGUGUCGGUGCGCCCGUGUUUGCCGCCGCUGGUACAACUUGGCCUGGGACCCGCACUUAUGGAGGACUAUUCGUCUGACGGGAGACGUGCUACAUGUGGACCGUGCGCUUCGGGUUCUCACUCGCAGACUGUGCCAGGACACCCCCAAUGUGUGUCUCACCCUGGAGACGGUGGUGGUCAGCGGCUGUCGGAGGUUGACCGAUCGAGGACUGUACACGGUGGCACAGUGCAGCCCAGAACUGCGUCGCUUAGAGGUGGCUGGCUGUUACAACGUGUCCAAUGAGGCCGUGUUUGAGGUGGUGUCACGCUGCCCCAACCUGGAACACCUGGAUGUUUCAGGGUGCUCUAAGGUGACCUGCAUCAGCCUGACACGGGACGUGUCCUUCAAACUCUCCCCUCUUCAUGGGCAGCAGAUCUCCAUCCGCUAUCUUGACAUGACUGACUGUUUUGCUCUGGAAGACGAAGGCCUGCACACCAUUGCCGCCCACUGCACUCAGCUCACCCACCUCUACCUGCGGCGCUGUAUGCGCCUGACCGAUGAGGGCCUGCGCUUCUUAGUCAUCUACUGCCCGUCCGUGCGGGAGCUCAGCGUCAGCGACUGCCGCUUCAUCAGUGACUUUGGCCUGCGGGAGAUCGCCAAACUAGAGGGCCGCCUGCGCUACCUCAGCAUAGCGCACUGCAGCCGCAUCACAGACGUGGGCGUGCGCUACAUAGCCAAAUACUGCAAAAGACUGCGGUACCUGAACGCUCGUGGCUGCGAGGGGCUGACAGACCACGGCAUCGAGCACCUUGCCAAGAACUGCCUCAAGCUCAAGUCCCUGGACAUCGGGAAGUGCCCACUGGUGUCGGACGCCGGCCUGGAGCAACUUGCACUAAACUCGUUCAACCUGAAGAGACUGAGUCUGAAGUCGUGCGAGAGCAUCACGGGCCGCGGGCUGCAGGUGGUGGCAGCCAACUGCUUCGACCUUCAGCUGCUGAAUGUACAGGACUGUGACGUGCCACUGGAGGCGCUGCGCUUUGUUAAGCGUCAUUGUAAACGCUGCGUCAUUGAACACACCAAUCCAGCCUUUUUCUGAGAGCUGCACGCAUGGGAUUGUGUGGAUGGAUUUGAGAAGACCUCAAAUCUGUUUUGACCCGGGCCGGUGACGUCUCUGCUAGACAACACAGCGGAGAUUUGCACUGCUGCACCUCUGUAUUUAAUGUGCAUGGUUGGGAGAAAUCUGAACUUUUUUUUUAUCCAUUUAUUUAUAUUUUUAUUCACUUAUAUAUUUUUGAUUACUCUUCUUGUCUAUGUCAGAUUGUAUUACGUGUAACAUGUAAAUUUCAUCAUGAAUGCAAUUUGUUGGCGCGUAGAGGAUUACAUGAUGUGAAGUUUACCAGAAAUGAAACUAGACAUAUU